UUCUGCGUCAAGGAAGAUUACAGCUAAUAGGAUUUGCUUCUUGGAGGCUGUUGGCAUGUUUGGUGCAAACCCUGCACAGUGCUUUCUUAAAGGAGAAUAUGGACCCUAUUUGUCAUAUUUUUCUUCUUCUUCUGGCCUUCCACAAGAUAAAUCCAUCUGUUUCAUCUUGUGUCACAGGAUGCUCUUGUUCUCAAGACAACUUUGGAAGGAGUUUGCUCUGCAUGUCUGCACUGCUGAGACAGAUCCCAGCAAACAUCCCUCAGGACAUCCGGAAAAUUAGAAUAGAAAAUUCUCACCUAACAGAAUUGCCUCGUGGGUCUUUUGAGAACGUUAGUGCCUUGGAGUAUCUCUGGCUCAAUUUUAACAACAUCACGGUGAUGCACAUCAAGAGUCUGGAAUAUCUGCCAGCUCUGAAGGAGUUGCGCUUGCAAGGGAACAAAUUAAGUUCAGUGCCAUGGACAGCAUUUCAAGACACCCCGGCUCUGAAAAUCCUGGAUCUGAAGCACAACCGGCUGGAUGUCCUUCCAGAACACGCACUCCGCUAUCUGCCCAACCUGACCUAUUUAGAUCUAUCCUCAAAUCAGCUUACUGUCAUAUCCAGGGAUGUCUUCUACAACUGGCCCGUCUACCAGAGAAGCCAGAGGGCGGAGGGGCAGAUAGAAGCCAUUUCCAAUGCCGUCCUGGCCCUUCAUGACAACCCCUGGAUUUGUGACUGUCGCCUGCGGGGAUUUGUCCAGUUUAUCAAGUCGGUUGGCCCACCUAUUAUUCUGAUGAAUUCCUAUUUAACUUGCUCAAGCCCAAAAUUCAGGGCAGGGAAGUUUUUUCAUGAAGUGGAGCUCAACAGCUGCAUGAAGCCCCUGACCUCAGCCCUUGACACCAACCUGACAGUCCCGGUGGGGCUGAACGUCACUCUGACCUGCUUUGUGCAAGCCAGCCCUUCCCCGGCUGUCUGGUGGACCUAUGCGCUCAAACUUUUAAGGGCAUUUAAUGUGUCCACCGAGCCCAUCAGCGAGGAGACCAUCCGCUCAGAGCUGCUGAUCCCGGCCGCACGGCCGGCGGACGCCGGCAACUACACCUGCACGGCGGCCAACUUCUUGGGCAACGCCUCGGUGGCCAUCACCCUCCGUGUGGGGUCCCCGUGGGCGUCCACCACGCCCCCGGGCUGGGCCCCCAUCGCCCCUGCUGAGCCGGGCGCCCACGUAGAAGUGCGCAUCGCCAAGCAGACCGUCUACGGCAUCACCCUGGAGUGGUUUGCAGCGGCAGCGGCAGCGGCGGACCCGGGGGAGACCUGGUACACCCUCCUGGUGGGCCGCUACGAUGCCGCCCAGAAGGAUGCGAUCUACAUCGGUCCCGGCGUCAACACCUACUCGGUGACCGACCUGCUGCCCGCCACCAAGUACGAGGUCUGCGUGGCCGUGCGCAACCAGGCGCCCCGCAAGGGCCAGUGCGUCGUCUUCGUCACGGGCAGCGACGUCAGCCAGCUGGAGCAGCGCGAGAAGCUCAUCCACAUCGUGGUCAUCGUCUGCGCCAUGGUGCUGGCCGUGCCCGCCGGCAUGUACGCCUGCACUGCCGAGGCCCGCCCCGGCUGCCUGGCCCGCUGCCCCGGCGCCUGCCCCCGGCGCCGCCACGGGGGCCCGGCGCAGGCCGCCGGCAGCAAGGAGAGCACGCUGGACAGCCUGCCCGCCGGCAGCGAGGACGGGCUUUGCCGCCCCGAGGGCGGCCGCGGCGCCCGGCGGCCCCCGGCCCGCGAGGAGCCCGGCAAGACCCGGCCGCCCCACAGGAACAGCGCCGACCUCUACUAGCCCGGCCCCCUGCCCGCCCUGCGAACGCGGCCGCGGCGGCACCUUUGCAGACGACCUCGAGCCACAGCACACGCUGGUCUUCUUGGGCGACCACGCGAGGAAGGCUCUGUGCUGCGAGGACUUGGCGCGCGACUGGGAUUCACAGCAGGCUCGGGGAGCCCCGGGAAUGGGGGUACCCAGGGUGUGUGGCUGUGCCCCAGCAGCUCCGGGCUGCCGCCGAGCAACGCACGCGGACACGCAAGAAAACAAGCGUUGACAAAAAACCCACCCCAAAACCAAUAGCAAUGCGCGUGGCAAAAGGCCAAAGGUCUCCCCUUGCUCACUUGCACGGGCGAGUCUUUCUGUCUUUUUCCCGGCCGGGGGGGGGGCGGGAGGGCUGUUGGCAGCUCUGCCCUGGGCUGGUGCCUCACCGAAACAGGACGGGGGAGCCAGGGCAGGGCUGUGCUCGUAACCAGCAACAGAAAGUAGGGAAGGAUUGGGUCAACGAGAUGGAGCUCUUGUGUUCCACUUGGAGAAAGACUUUUUUUUUUGAUCAGGGGUGUUGGGUGUUGGUUUUGGGAGGGCGGGUUUUUUUGUUUGGUUGGUUUGGUUUGCUUUGUUUUGUUAUUUUUUUUCCUUACCCCUCCUUAAGGUUUACACAGCCCUAAGAGGUUUACAGCUUCUGUUGUACCACAACCAGAAAAACUGCAAGGGCUUACUGAAUACCAGCAUAAGAUAGCCGCAGCACAGGGUUUGGGUUUUUUUUGAGUUGUUUUCGGUUUUUGGUUUUUUGCACUAGGGAGAAGGGGAGGGCCUUUUACUUGUGUCCAAACAUAUCUUAGAGGUCCAUUUUAGCACGCACGCACACACAGACACAUACAUACCUAGCCUCUUGCUACACAAGUGGUGUGUUAAUAUAUUCUUUUUAAAGUUAAGAACAAGAGCUGGUGAAAAAAAUGAACAGUUUGUGUUUUGCAGGCAAACACUCAACUGCUGUUUCCUCUUCCACCUUCCCCACCACUUGUCUCCUUUUCCCCAGGACGGCACUGUGGCUGCGGGCUGAUGCGGUGGGUGACAGGGACGCUCACCCUGAGCCCGGCUGGCGGGACAAGUGGCCGGUGGCAGAGAGGGUGGUGGAGCCAGGGUUUGGGAGCCGAAGGUGUGAACCGGGCACCUUCCCCAAAUGCAGAUGGGCCGCCUGCCCAUCCUGCUGCUUUGAAACCAAAGCUUGCCUCCUUUCUAGAGGCAACGUACCCCAAAUAUGCAUGUAAAAGGAACCGUUCCCUGCUUGUGGAGCAGCUCACGCUGCGUUUCUCGGGGGUCUGAGGACAUGUGACUUAUUUUUUUCUUUUUUGGCCUCGUGCUUUCCAGCACAACCAAAGCACGUGGCCAAUAGACCCGCAGCCCUUGUCAUAUGUGUUGUUAUAGACCGCCUCAAAAAGUAAAAAACUAGAGUAGAAACCUCAGCUGUAAGCAGAGAUAAAGUUUAAUGUGAGCUUCACUAUGUGGUAGUUUGGCUUUCUAGUUGUAUUUUGGUUUUUGUGGUGUGUUUUCCACGCUGCCUCUCCUCGAGCCCCACAUUUCCUCCCCCAGCACCUCCUUCUGCUGUAACUUACUGCACAGCUUUUGAACAGAGACCUGUUUGGUCAACGCUGACUCUCAGUGUUAGACUUCAAGGGACUUCCUAGUCUUGUCAGUCGUUUAGUGUCAAAGUAAUAAACACGAUGGAUUUUCAGAA